AUGUGUCUGUUGCUUGCCGUCAGUGUGUCCUUGGCUCCAUAGACAAGCAGCAGGUUAGCUAGACAGCUACCACUGGAUUUGACAGCUAUAGGAAGCCAAAGCGGAGGGCACCAUUAAGGGGAGCAGUAUCAUUUUCAUCCAGAAAGGAGAGUCAACAGUCACAUAUAAGUCAAGAUGGCUUUCUUGAUCAAGAGCAUGAUUGGGAACCCCCUGUCAGGAAUGGGUCUUGGUGGUGGAGGUGACAAAGAAGAGGAGGCCACCCCCUCAGAUCCAGCCAAAGCAGCAGGGAUGACACGCGAGGAGUAUGAAGAGUACCAAAAACAGUUGGUGGAGGAGAAGAUGGAGAGAGAUGCAGAUUUCUUACACAAGAAGGCAGAGAGGGCGACACUCAGGGUGUGCCUCAGAGAAAAAUACAGACUGCCAAAGAGCGAGCAGGAUGAGAACAUGAUUGAGAUGGCCGGGGACGACGUGGACGUACCUGAGGAGCUGCUCAAGAUGGUGGACGAGGACGCCACGGAGGAGGAGGGCAAAGACUCCCUCAUGGGCCAGAUUCAAAACUUGCAGAACAUGGACAUGGACCAGCUGAAGGAGAAGGCCUCAGCCACCGUCACCGAGCUGAAGAGCAAAGCGGAGGAGAAGUGCUCUGUCAUGUGAAUG